GUGUGACGUCAUAAGCCUGCGCCGCUCCCGCGUUGUGAUUCAACUGGAGAGAGGAUAAAGUGUCCAAACACAGAGAAAAACUCCUGCUGAAGCGACUGAUCUCCACACUGUUAUAAAGAUGGUGUUUAUUAAAGUGGAGAGUGAAGACCUGAAGAUUGAAGAAACAUUCACAGUCAAACAGGAAGAUCUGCAGGAACAAACAGAAGAAACAUUCAGAGUCAAACAGGAAGAUCUGCAGGAACAAACAGACCUGAUGGUACUGAAAGAAGAGACUCAUCAACAGAAUGAAAUAGAAGAGAAACAGCAGAAACCCCAAAAAAUAAUGACUGAUGAAAAACCUACACUGACUAUAAAGACUUCAUCACACGGAAGACCUUGGAAAUCCAAAUCUGGGUGUAAUUUUAGCUGUAAACAGUGUAGAAAGAGUUUCAGUCAAAAGUCAAGCCUUGAUGUUCACAUGAAAGUUCACACUAGGAAGAAACAUUGCACUUGCAAACAGUGUGGAAAAAGCUUCAGUAGUACAGGACACUUAACCGUGCACAUGAGAAUUCACACUGGGGAGAGGCCGUACAUGUGCCAACAGUGUGGAAAAAGCUUCUAUCAUGCUGGAAACUUGGCAGAGCACAUGAGAAUUCAUACCGGAGAGAAGCCUUACUCUUGCCCUCAGUGUGGAAAGAGUUUUAAGCAAAAUGGCACCUUUAAAGUCCACAUGAGAAUUCACACUAGGGAGCAACCUUACACCUGCGAACAGUGUGGAAAGAGUUUUGGUCAAAUACAAGACUUUAAAACCCACAUGAGAAUUCAUACCGGAGAGAAGCCUUUCAGCUGUAAACAGUGUGGAAAGAGUUUCAGAAAAAAGCCAAACCUUAAUGUUCACAUGAGAGUUCACACUAGGGAGAAACCUUACACCUGCAAACAGUGUGGAAAGAGUUUUAGUCAAAAACAAAGCUUUAAAACCCACAUGAGAAUUCACACUGGAGAGAGGCCGUUUACAUGCCAACAGUGUGGAAAAAACUUCCAUAAUUCAGGAAACUUUGCAAUGCACAUGAGAAUUCACACUGGAGAAAGGCCCUACACAUGCCAACAGUGUGGAAAAAGCUUCUAUAAUGCAAGAAGCCUUGCACUGCACAUGAGAAUUCACACUGGAGAGAAGCCUUUCAGCUGUAAACAUUGUAGAAAGAGUUUCAAUCUAAAGCAGAACCUGAAUGUUCACAUGAGAGUUCACACUAGGGAGAAACCUUACACCUGUGAACAGUGUGGAAAGAGUUUUGGUAAAAAACACGACCUUGAGAUCCACAUGAGGAUCCACACUGGAGAGAAACCUUACACAUGCACAGAGUGUGGUAAAAGUUUCAGAUGGAAGAGCAAACUUAAGAUUCACAUGAUGAACCACACUGGAGAGAAACCAUUCAAAUGCACUCAGUGUGGGAAGAGUUUUAGCCAAUCAUCACACCUCAAUCGACACACGAGGAUCCACACUGGAGAGAAACCAUUCACAUGCAUUCUAUGUGGGAAGAGUUUUAACUGCUCAUCACACCUUAAUCUACACAUGAGGAUCCACACGGGAGAGAAACCAUUCACAUGCACUCGGUGUGGGAAGAGUUUUAGCCAAUCAUCAUCCCUUAAUCAACACAUGAUGAUCCACACUGGAGAGAAACCAUUUACAUGCACUCAGUGUGGAAAAAGUUUUAACUGCUCAUCACACCUUAAUCUACACACGAGGAUCCACACUGGAGAGAAACCAUUCACAUGCACUCAAUGUGGGAAGACUUUCAGCCAAUCAUCAUCCCUUAAUCUACAUGUGAUGAGCCACACUGGUGACAAACCAUUCACAUGCACUCAGUGUGGGAAAAGUUUUAGUCUGUCAUCAUCCCUUAAUCUACACAUAAGGAUCCACACUGGAGAGAAACCAUUCACAUGCACUCAGUGUGGGAAGAGUUUUAGCCGAUCAUCACACCUUAAUCAACACAUGAUGAUCCACACUGGAGAGAAACCAUUCACUUGCACUCAGUGUGGGAAGAGUUUCAGCUGCUCAUCAUCUCUUAAUAAACACAUGAGGAUCCACACUGGAGAGAAACCAUUCACUUGCACUCAGUGUAGGAAGAGUUUCAGCUGCUCAUCAUCUCUUAAUCAACACACAAGGAUCCACACUGGAGAGAAACCAUUCACAUGCACUCAGUGUGGAAAGAGUUUUAACUGCUUAUCACACCUUAAUAAACACAUGAGGAUCCACACUGGAGAGAAACCAUUCACAUGCACUCAGUGUGGGAAGAGUUUCAGCCAAUCAUCAUCACUUAAUCAACACAUGAGGAUCCACACUGGAGAGAAACCAUUCAUAUGCACUCAGUGUGGGAAGAGUUUUAACUCCUCAUCACACCUUAAUAAACACACGAGGAUCCACACUGGAGAGAAACCAUUCACAUGCUCUCAAUGUGGGAAAAGUUUCAGCCGAUCAUCAUCCCUUAAUCUACACAGGAUGAGCCACACUGACAAGAAACCAUUUACUUGCACUUAAGCCGUGGUCACACUGGACUUUUCUCCCUAUAGACUUCCUUUCAUAUGCACGCGAAUGCGUCACACCGGAAACCAAGUUCGUGCGUCAAGUUUCACAGUUCACUGCGUUGCAAAGUUCAAGCUUGGUGAACUCUGACGUGCAAAAUCGUAUCACUUGACUGUAAGGCCAAACAAAGAUCAAAAUAUGACCUCUCUGGAUAGAAAUUUAAAAUGGCCAAACGCUCACUUUUUAAAAUGUCUAAUCAUUUGUUUAAUCCCGCCCCAUUUUGCAGCACCAUACAACAGAAUUUUGCAUGCUCAAACUGUAGAGGUGGAACAUCUGGAUUGUUCUGAUAGUCUUUGAAAACUGGAGACUCUGGUAAGAGAGUAAAGGGCUCAGAGAAUUUCAUCCAACAAAAUCUUUAAUGAGUGCCUGUAUUAGUACAGGUCACCUGUUGUUGGUAUAGGUACAAAUGGGGUGUGAGUGUGUGUGUGUGUGUGGUCUGAAACAUAAAAUGGGCAAAUUGAAUAUCAAAAAAAUAUUACAGGUGUAUCACUU